AUGUUGGAGGAGGGAGGGGAUCAAGAAGGGAGGAAGAAGAAGCACACCUGCAAGAUCUGCCGCAGGAGCUUCCCCUGCGGGAGGUCACUGGGGGGGCACAUGAGGUCCCACGCCGGAGGAACUUCCCCUCCAUCGCCGCUGCCGCUCCAGCGGAACCAGAGAAGCAGGGGGCUCGCAGAAGCUGGUUAUGGCCUCCGGGAGAACCCCAAGAAGACGAGGAGGAUAUACGAAUCCGCCGCAGGGAUCGACGCCUGCCAGAGGAGGGAGAAGCUCUGGGGGCAAGAAGAAGCAGAUUUAGCGCUUUGUCUCAUGAUGCUCUCCAGGGACGCCGGCUUCUGGGGCGGCGGCGAAGGCGGAGAGAUAAACUGGGUCAAGAAGACGGAGGAAGAAUCCGCGGAUUCAGGCGAUGGGUCUGCCGCCAUGGAAGACCUUGUGAAGAACCCUAAGGGAGCUCUGAGCAAAAAGAGGAAAUCAGGCGGCGACGGGGGCAAAUUCGAGUGUAAGUCCUGCAGAAAGACUUUUCCUUCUCACCAGGCCCUCGGAGGACACCGAGCGAGCCACAAGAGGAGCAGCAUCCGCCGCUGCGGCGGAGAUUCGAAGCUCUCUGCAGAGUUUACGCAGACGAGCUCUGCGUCACCGGAGGAGGGCUCCGUCGCCGCCGCCGUCUUCCCCGCCGUAGAAGCUCCGGCGGAACACCUCGAUCUCGAUCUCUCGGGUCCCUGCAACGAGGAGUCGGAAAUGUGGCUCAGCCGGCGAUGGCAACCGCUUCUGAAUCUCUGA